AAAAUGGACGUGUUUACGCUGUGCAUCGUCGCUGGGGAAAGCAGCACGCCGGGGGAUUCUGCAAAUGAUCCAGGGCAAAUGGAAUUCAGGACUGGCAAUCUUGAAACAACAACAAUGAGAAGAAAUAAAAUGCUGAUAUAAUUAUGGAAUCUACAGUAACCAUGGGAGCUUGUCUGUCAAACGCCCACUCAAACAGGUGUAACAUGGGGGUGGGGAUAAACCCCUCUAUCCUUUUGCAAUCUCAUUGAACCAGUGGACAGUAUCAGCAUCUUAAGCCUUUUUUUCUUGCAGUUGAUGCCCAACGUAUUGGAUUGCACUUGCAUAGAGCUUGCACAGCCCCGCUGCGUGGAUUUUUCCAUCUCCAGUUGAUUGAGUUCUCCUUGGAUGCAUUUCCUGGAAAAUGGGAGCAGGAGCGAUAACAGUCUGUCAGAACAAGACAGCUGUCAAGUUGAAGGAGGACGUGAAGAGGAUCAUGGCUCAGCCACUCAGCGGGCAGAGGACCUGUGGUGCUGGCAAGGUGUUUGCCGUUUCGCUGUACAACCUGCAGCAGAGAGGGCAGACGGUUAAUGGGGUUCCCCUUGCUGUGCGACAUAUGGUAGAAUACUUGCAACAAUAUGGACUGGAACAAGAAGGUCUCUUCCGAGUGAACGGGAAUGUGAAGGUGGUGGACCGACUGCGGCAGAGUUAUGACUGCGGGGCCGUGCCUGACCUCGUCCAGGAAGCGGACGUCUGCUCUGUUGCCAGUCUCCUCAAGCUGUUUCUGAGGGAGCUCCCCGACGCACUGAUUGUCUCCAGGUUGCACUCCCAGUUCAUGCGGCUCUAUCACGACCACAGCGGAAAUCGGGAAGAAUUACAAGGGCUUCUGAAGCAACUCCCAGAAGUUAAUUACUGUCUGCUGAAGUUUCUGUGCCAUUUUCUGACCCUGGUUGCUGCAGAGCACAGGAGUAAUCGGAUGACUAUUUCCAACCUUGCCACCGUCUUUGGUCCAAAUGUAUUUCAUGUUUCCCCUGGUUUUGAAGGAAUUCAGGAGCAAAACAUUUCCAACAAGCUGAUGGCCUCACUGCUGGAGAACUACGACAUCUUCUUUGAGACCAUGGACAAUAUGGAAGCCCCACCUGGCACUAGCGUUCAAACAAGAAUAAUAACCGUGCAGGAAGCCAGCAGUGACGUAUCCUCCCCAACCAGUGUGUAUUCAGUGCCACCAGCUGCCUCAACCACUGAAGCAACAAGACCAUUGCCCAGGAGAAAAAAGAACAAAAAGGCAAGGCCCAAAGUCGUUCCGGGGACCUUCCUCGUGCCUCAGCCGGAACAAUCGAGCGGAAUCCCAGAAGCAACACGGACACUGCCCAUCAGGCGUGCCAGCCGAGAGGAGAUGGAGUCUUCCGAGGAGCUUGCCUCCAGUAUAAAAGACAUGGAGAUAAACAGCUCUCAAGACGAUGAUAGACCAAUGUCCCCCUUCUAUUUAAGCACCCAUGUGUCUCCAAUCAACAACACUUCAUCAGCCGGGGACUUUAUAGAGAGGACCAUCCGGUCAGCUGUAGAACAGCAUCUCUUCGACACCCAUGGCAGCGGAGGUCAAAGCUCGGAGGAAUCUGAAUCAGGGACGUCAUUAUUGAGUGCAACGGGCUGUGCGAGACAAAGGAGGAGACAUCUGAGGGAGCAGGAUGAACCUUGGAGAAGCAGAGAAACGGAUGACAUCAACAAGGAGAAUAUUCCUUCUGCGUUCAGCUGUAAUGAGGAGAACCGAUUGGGGCUUGUGGAACCUGCACAGCCCGGUGACAAAAAGCUAAAGGAAACAAACGGCAGCUACAUCGAGGAAGGCAUGAAACCAAAGAGGCAGAAAUCAAGUUGCAGACUCUCCGAGCUCAACAAAAACCAGGAUUCUCCAAUGCCCAUGGAAAGCAGCAGUGUCUCAUCGAGCUGGGCUUCAGAUCCGGGGCAUAGGGGCAGUUUGAGUUUCCCGACUCACUCGGAGGAUGUGACUGAACAUGAGCGAAAAGAGAGUGCAUUCUGUGAUGGGGAUUCAUACGACCAUAUUAAACUGACUUUGAAUUCGGCCAUGAAGAUCCAGGAACCUCCGAGCCAAAGCGACGUGGCCAGAACACCGAGGACUCCCGAAGCAGCCACGGCAGAAGGCAGCAGCGCACUGGAGAUCCCUCGCCUGGAUCUGACUGGCUUGUCAGAGGACAAGGAGCUGGGAGAGCCUGUCCCGGCGCUCCAGAUGUGGAAGAGCCCAGAUGCAGAGUCUGAGGAAGCUCACCUGUCACCCCAGGCAGGCCGGUUAAUCCGACAGCUCCUGGAGGAGGACUCCGACCCCAUGCUGUCUCCUCGUUUCUACGCCUACGGUCAGAGCCAGCAGUUCCUCAACGACACAGAAGUGCCCCCCUCGCCCCCUAAUUCACAUUCCUUUAUGAGGCCUCGUAGCUCGUCCCUUGGUUCCUAUGACGACGAGAGGGAAGAACUGACCCCAGCACAGAUGACCCGGAGAAUCCAGAACUUGAAGAAGAAAAUCAGGAGGUUUGAGCAGAAAUUCGAGGAAGAGAGGAGAUAUCGCCCUUCACACAGUGACAAAGCCACAAACCCCGAAGUGCUAAAAUGGAUGAAUGAACUCGCCAAACUUCGCAAGCAACUGAAAGACACGAAGCUGAAGGUGUCCGAGGAAGACGUCAUCCCCCAGAUGAGGCAGCGCAGCAACACCCUGCCCAAGAGCUUCGGGUCGCAGCUGGAGAGGGGUCCGGAGAAGGAGCAGGACAAGAAGCAGGAGGUGGCGGAGAAGGUGCAGAGGCCCUCAGUGGAGACGACACUCGACACCAUCCUGAAGAAGCUGCAGGAGAAACGUGCCGAGGUGAACCGCCCUGAAGAUAUAAAGGACAUGACCCGAGACGAGAUAGCUAACGAGAAGGUCGCCCUCCAGAAGGGGCUUCUGUACUACGAGAGCAUCCACGGGAGACCGGUCACAAAGGUGGAGAGACAGAUAAUGAUGCCGCUUUACGAUCGAUACCGUCUGGUGAAGCAGAUUCUGUCCCGGGCAAACACCAUCCCUGUCAUUGGUUCCCCUUCGAGCAAGCGGCGAAGCCCUUUGCUGCAGCCAAUAAUCGAGGGCGAAACAGCUUCCUUCUUCGAGGACUUAAAGGAGGAGGAAGAUGGCACCGAAGAUGAUGGCAAUCCCAAAAUGGACUUCGCGGUGACAGCAAAGCCGGGUUUCACCAUCCGCAGUUUCCUGGACCAACUGGACGACAGCAGUGAUGGUUUCACGUCACCGAUGGACGAAAGGACACCAACCCGAUGCAGCCUUGAUCUGCGGCUCUCAAACCUGCAUUCUGCCUCCAUGCCUGAACUGCUGGAGCAGCUGCAAGAAGCAAGAGCUGACAAAAAGCGGCUCCGCAAAACCCUGAGGGACUUCGAAGACACUUUUUUCCAGGAAAAUGGAAGAAAUGUGCAGAAGGAAGAUCGAGCCCCCAUGGCUGAGGAAUAUGGUGAAUACAAGCACGUCAAGGCCAAAUUGAGACUACUGGAAGUGCUCAUAAGCAAGCAAGAUUCGUCAAAGGUCAUAUGAAUGUUCAAGGACGCCAUGGUAACUCUUCAUUGCCUCUGUUAUCUAGCGGGAGGUCCUACCAUGAUAUCAAGGGGAUGUGCUGGCUUCUCUCCGGUUUUCACAGUGAAAGAUGUCCAGAGGCAGCGAGACAGUGACCAAGAGGAACUGCCACACCACCACCACCUGUGCUUCUAGGGAAAGGUUUAUCUGAAGGGAUCCAUCUCAUCCUUCCUGGAGCAUGAAUAAAAUCAAUUCCCCAAACCAUUGAUCGCCCUUCUGUAUUGCAAACCUCUAAUCCCAGAAUGAAUUCUGACCUCCAGCUGAUUAUGUUAGACUGUGCCUAUGCCUUGAGGCCAACAAAGUCGACUUUAUGACCACACGGAUUGAGCGUGGCCUGGAUAAAGAAUGAUGCAAGAACCCAGCGGCUGGUUCCCAACGUCUUUAAAAGCAUGAAAGAAUUACGUGUGGCUGCAGGAACUGGACAGCUCUCAAGAGAUAUUAUUGAACUGAAUUUAUAGGCGACAUUUAUCAAGUCUCCAUUAAAAGGGGAUUUUUUUUGCUCUGUGGGAUGUUUUAAUAACACUUACCAAAAAGACAAUCAAUUGAAUGAAUAGUGGAUUGAGUCCCGAUUUGUGUGUGCGGCUUUUAUUUUGGAAGAAAUGGCACCUGCAUUCUUUGCUUUUUAGAUACCAACUGAUCGUGUGCGUUUGUGGAAAUCAUAGAUUAAAGUGCUGGGGUUUGGGGUGGAGACAGGAGUUACAUAUUUUCCAGAGAACUUGGGUGUUUGAUAAUAAUUGAAGGUAGGGAGCUUUAAGUUAACAACCUACCCUACAGGCGAAGCAGGGAUAAUUGUGAGAUGCAGUGGCUUUUUAACCUGUUACUGACACAGAGAACUAAGUAUGGAAGGUCCAAGCAUCCAUCUCAUUGCCGAUCCUCUGACAAUAUAAAAUUGCCUCAGCUUAACACAGUUAACACUCUCAAAACUUUUCUUGUCGGUUAGAGGUAGAAAUAAUUUUUGAGACAAUAACUACAUUGUUCUCAUUGUAUUUUACUCAUACACUAAUCCCUCCAAAGAAUGAUUAAAAUUGUUAUGCAUCCAGUGGACAUCAUCCUUUUUAGCCAAGAACUUACUCCCCAUGUAACCACUGCUAUCCACCUUCCAAGCUUAUCAGUACCUAAAGCUUUGCAAAGAGGGCUGCUAAAUUUGGUAAGAAUCAGCUAUCUUUAGAGUCAAGAGUGAAGAAGAGCAUGUUGCCUGCUGAACCUGUCUCUCCAGUCAGUCUGGUUUUGUAAUGUACACAAGAGAGUUCCACAUCCAAAGCACAGAGGUAGAGACUUGCUCUUGAUUCUUCCCGGUAGCAGCAUUCCUCCGAAGCUAAUGGAGCUGAAUUUCAGAAGCAGAGUACCACGCUCGGUUACUGCUGGUUUGCAUUUUAACAAGGGUGACUGAGUCCAUGAAUUUUCCAUCUCGGGGCACUGGGGGAACAUCGUACGCAAGUAACCACCUUGGGCUGACGGAGAGCACUGGGAGCCGCAAUCUGAGAAUACAAAAUCUCAGGUGAGAUUUUGGGUCGAUGGAGAGCUCCGGGAGCCCCGAUCUGAGGUGAUUGUAGGAAGGUGAGUGAAGCCAAACACUGCAGUGUAGAUGUGUUGAAUCAGUACUCUGUUCACAGGGAUCCAAGAAAGGGGUUGGAGAGCCCUUGGUUUUUCCCCACAUUCUCUCAGUUAAUUCCAAUGCCCUUGGUCCUAAAAUCUAACCCCUGUGUAAUCUACAUUGGGUAACACCCCAGUCCAUCCAAAAACACAUUGUUCUUCCCACUCGUGGUAGCCACAAUAUAGAUACGUGUGUCAAUACCUCAGCGGGUUUGCAGAUGCUAAUUGUGCUACGUAACUGAAAGCUGUUGCUUUUUCACACACGUUCAGCAUCAGUUUACAAAAACUUUGGGUUACGUAGCAAAUAAAAAUAAAAUUGAGGAGCUGCAGUCAGGAACAUUGUACUUGCAGAUCCUGGUUGAAUUGUCUCCACUUGGCUCUCAUUAAUCUUCAUUGACACAUCUGACCAUCCUCAACAGAGACAUGAACAUUGUCAGGUACCUGUAGCUGUCGCUGACUGAGAGACGUGGGAAGUGUCAUUAGAAGCUCAGUGACAUCAGAAAUUUCCCUGUUGUCCUCCUGGCUAUUUGAGAUUGGAGCUUUGUGUGGCUCGCUGGAAGGUUUCAGACAGUCUAGGCAAGCCUGAAUUCAGUGGAACAAGCAUUUACUUGCAUCGGUGUGCAGUAAGAUGAGGGUUUGGGUUUUAUUUAACAUCAGAGAAUCAGAUCUGGUAUUUUUGGUGCAAUGUAUCGAGCAAAUCUCUUAAAGUAGUAAAUGUUCGAAACCUUUAGCACAUCAGGAUGAAAUUCCCCUUUCUGGUUGUUUUGUGGAAAAUGCAUCAGUGUCUAUUGAAAUGGUAGUAGGAACAAUUUCAUGUGCUUCUAAGUGUGAACUUGUAUGAGUUUUCACAGACACAAGGGUUCGGUAAUGGGAGCUCUAACAGUGCAGAUCUUCUGUAGUUGCUACAUGGUCAAAGCAGGCAAUUUGGAAUUCCUUUCCAGGCAAAUCAGUUGAUAAGUUCGUAUUACUUGUAUCUCAAGUUUAUUAGUGCAUUCCGAAAAAACCUAAUUCUGUGAGAUUAAAACACAUAGUCAACCAGUAUUUGAACUGGCCCAUUCUGGGCAGGUUGGAUAGCCUUUUGGUGACAACUCACAAUGAACUAAGUCAUUGAUAAAGGAACCAGACAUCCAAAGAGUUAAAGGGCGAGGGAAACACUUAGAUAUCCCACUGAAGUGAAUGACAACGAACUGAUGUACAUCUGAUCUCUGCAAUGCACGUCUGGUGAGAUUUCAUUCGUAGGGUGUUGCACCUUCCCUCUCUAUCCUCUCUGUGGCUAAUUAAAUAGAUAGGGGACAGAGAAUCUAAUUCACUUCCAGUCGUAGGAUUAUAAACUCUGCUCAGUACAGCCUUGUAUGACGUUUAUCUCCGGACUAAAGCAGCACAAACCCUGCUGAGAGAACGUCCUUGUAUAGGCUACUCAGUGCCAGACCUACUCAUAAUCAAAAUUGCCACUUCUGGCAUACAGAAUAGAGAGCUGGGGUAUGGGCAUCUGACCUACCAAUGCCCAUACUUCUAUGAACCUACCCACCAUCUCUGCUAGGAGGGCACAUUCACAUAUCCGUUCCCAUCCCUGAAUGAGGGACAUGGACACAUCUGACAAUCCUCAACAGAGAUGUGGGCAGUGUCAGGUAUAUAAAGCUGUACCUGACUGAGAGACCUGGACAGUCAGGUGUCUAUAGAUGUCUGUGAGAGAUAUGGACAGUGUCAGGUAUCUGUAGAUGUCCCUGAAAGACAUGGAUAGUCAGGUGUCCCUGACUGAGAGACAUGGACAGUGUCAGGUAUCUGUAGCGGUCUCUGAGGGACAUCAACUCUGUCAGAUACCUAACCAUUCCCUGACAGAGGGACGUUGUUCAAGUUGUGGAUGAUUGGCUGAAUUACCGAUGCCCCGUCCUGUAAAGCUUUAAGAAUGUUCUUAGGAAGAAAGCUUCUCAACCCCACCUCGUCCUAAUGAUCACCUUAUUCUAUAAGGUGCAACCUAUCUUUUUUACAAUUAAUAGAGACAAUUGCAACAGUGGUUUUAAAAGUUCUUUUUACAUAUGUGGAAUCCUUUGAAAUUACAGAAACAUUGCUUAUGUAGUGGGAAUAGCUCAUGUAGGCAACUUGGCUGGCAUGCACGAGUUGGGCUAAAGGGCCUGUUGCCCUGCUGUAUAACUCUUACGAUUCUCGUGAAAUCAGUAACUCUUCCUGUGCAUGCUGGAUCCUGGGGGAGUUUGGGGAGAACAACUGAAAUUUUCUAAAGGGAGAAUUUCACUGGUAAAAUGACCAAGAUGGAGAAAAGAUGGAUGGAUGGAGGUGAGGUGCUGGUAUCUGUGACCUAAGGAAGGUGGAACAGACUUGAAGGACCGAAGGGUCUCUUCUGACUUGUGCACAACUCUGUGAAGACAUUAAAAGCUACUGCUCCCCACAGUAAGAAAAUCCUUUCCCAAGCAUGUACUUUCUAUUCUCUUCCCCCCCCCCCCCCCCCUUUUAUAAUUUCCUGUGUCCGUUUAUAACAGGAACUUCAGGUUACAUCAUGGUAAUGUUUAACCCUUUCUGUACGCUGAUGGGAGGUUGUAGUUUCAGUGUUUUACUAAUGUAGUUUCAGUGUUUUACUAACAGUUUCAGUGAUGCCUUGCAGUAAUCGUAAUUUUAAUGAAAAUAUAUUAAAGUUAGGGCAAAAUGUGAAGCUUUAAAUAGGGGACAGAAUCACAUUCACACUUUGGUCUAGAUAUCCACUCUCCCUAAUCCCACCUUAAAAUGAUGCAUGCGUUCACCCCCUCUCACUGGAUAAGAACAAGUCUGCAUAAUGUUGCUGGGUACAACAGGGAGAGGCAAACCCUGCAGGAAAUUCCACUAAAAAGUGCACAUUCAGUCAUUACUCCUCAGAGAGGUCUUCUGCUUCCAAGCCUGAAACCUUAGAUUGUAAUGGUUGACUUAAAGCUUGCAGUGUUCGAGGAGUUUCUGCAGGAUCAUUCUAAAUAAACAGCACGUGACAAAGCAAUCAAAUUCAGCCCUGGGCUAAAAUAAACUAGAGAUGCCAUAAAAUUUUGGACCCAGCUGGCACUAAAUGUAAGACUGUGUGGAAUAUGAUUGUUAGCUUCCUUGUACUCUGCUUGUGUGAAUAACAUUAAUGGCCUUUGCAUGCUUCUGUUGGUCUCUCUGGCUCAACUUUGCUCACUUGAGCUGUUGUGUGUGUGUUCGUGCUCACUGCGACUCACAGAAAGACCGUCCCAGUCUGCAAGAUGGCCUUGGCACUGGGUCAAUGCUUAUGGGAAGAAACAUUAAUAAAACAGACUUUGCUGGUGUUAAUGUUGAUCUUUGAAUGUAGACACUGAGAAUGGAAAACUAUAGAUAUGUACAUUUUUGUACAUGAAAGUGAUUGUAUUUUAUAUAACACAGAAAAUAUAAUAUUUUUGCUGCAA